AUGGCGUCUGAUCCUAUCCCUCCACCCUCCAACUUUCAGCCUCAAAGCCCGCUGUUCUAUGUCAUACCUGGCGAGAUCCGUAACGAGAUCUUCCAAUUGGCGCUCAUGCAGGAUGAAGACAGCGCAGCAGCGUAUCCAGAAGACUCGUACUGGUACCGACCAGAUCGUGGACCUGAUGGCCGUACAUGCACUCCAGCGUGCGAAAGAUUCUGCCGCAACCUAACUCCACAAGCCGUUCAGUCACUCCAGAAAGUUCGUCUUUUCACGCAGAUGUUCUGGCUCGAAGAAGGAAAUCAAUUAUUCUACAUCCUCAGCAUACCUCAGUUCCGACCAACCCAGCUUACUAUUACCAUACGAUACUCCGACUGGUGGUUCUGGGAAAGCAAUGCGCCACUUAGUAUGGAAGAGAAGUGGCUUCGCUACUUCGAAGGAAACCCCGGCUUGCGCGUACUGAGGGUUGAGUACGAGACGCUCAGUUGGAAGAAAGCGGAGAUGAUGCGCAUCAUAAAGCGAAACAAGAAAUGGAAACUACCUGUACGAAGAGAAGGCAGCAACUUCCAGAGGAAUGAGCUCGAGGGGUAUCUGAGCGCUGAGAACACUGAGCUGAAGGAAUGGACUUGGAAGGGCCCAAGCAAGCUGGGUGGACGAAGCUGGAUGCACCACGGUACCGAAGAUAAGGUCGAAUAUGUCGUCGUAACGGAUACCUGGCAGUUUGUGGAAGGCGAACUCACCGAGAAAGAGAUGGAGGGCCGGUUGACCACUAUGAUGCGAGCACCUGAGUUGACGCGGGCCGAGGUGGAAAGACGCCGCAAUAUAGGCGCAUGGCGUGGGAGACUUCGGGAGAGGAAGACUACACAAUAUGCAGCUUAG